UGAGCUCAGGUAAAACCCACCUGUGAGUCAGAGCAGAGGAGAGGGAGCGCUGUGGGAUUACUCCGUAGUUUUCAGCUCCACUUAGACUCAGAACUCUUUUAUGUUCUUAUAAAAUAAAACCGAGUUCAUAAGAAUAUUAAUUAAACUUCAUCAUUUUGAUGGCAGCGAGUGUAGGACUGGCCAUGAACCCGCCGCACACCACCGACGAGAGGGCGGUGUUCACGCAGCUGAAGCCGGUGAGGAUGUCGGGAGCGGACGGCGCUGAGGACGCGUCCGUCUUUGAGGACGUCAAACCCGGGACUCAGCUGGAGUUGGACAAAUAUCUCCCUCAGGGCAGCAGCUCCCUCUUGAGCCUCUCGACCGACGCUGGUGACAAGAAGUACAGACGAGAGAGCGCCUCCGUGGUCGACGAGUACUUCUCCGACGACAAACCUUCAGCCCCGUACAGCGUCAACAUCAACGUCAUCCUCCCCAGCACCAACCACCUCCGCACAGGCCUCUACCGGAGCAACACCAAGACCCUGACGCCGCAGCAGAUCAAGACCGAGCCGGGGCUGGAGGUGCCCUGCUCCAUCUCCACCAGCACCACCCAGGCCCUGCCGGACUUCACCUCCGUCUUCAGCGUGCCGCCUGUCGUCAACAACGUCUUCAUCAAACCAGACAUGAGCUCUGGAGGAGUGAGUGUGUCUGCAGGCUCCCAGCAGCAGCAGCAGCAGCAGAACCUGGACUCAGAGCUGCACAUCGGCCCCCCGGCGCCCCAGCAGCAGGUCUACCACAUGCCCAUCAGCAGCGGCGCUGACCUCACCAUGACUCUGUCCCACAGCAGCCCGUCUUCUCUCGGCUCCACCAGCGGCAGGACCAUGCUCAACCUCGGCGGCGUCGCAACAACAACCAACGGCACCUACAUGCUGGCAGAGCACCACCUGCAGCAGCAGCACCACCAACACCACGGUUACUACCAGGCCUCUCCAACCAGCGCCACCCAUCACACGGCGCCCCACAGUCUGCCGCCCUCACCCCCAAACUCUCAGCCGGGCAGCCCAGACGGGCAGGCGGAGCUGCUCAGCUUAGCGCCACACGCUCCGCCUCCAUACCAGCAGCGUCUGGGAGGGAUCAAGGUGACGGGGUUAUCUCCACACGCCCUGCUGAUGACACACGGCCAGGGAGUCCUGACGGGUCCAAAAUACAACAGGCGGAACAACCCGGAGCUGGAGAAGAGGAGGAUCCACUUCUGUGACUACCCAGGCUGCACCAAAGUUUACACAAAGAGCUCUCACCUGAAGGCUCACCAGCGGACGCACACAGGUGAGAAGCCGUACCGCUGUACGUGGGAGAACUGCGACUGGCGCUUCGCCCGAUCGGACGAGCUCACCCGACACUACCGGAAACACACCGGAGCCAAACCCUUCAAGUGCGUCGCCUGCAGCCGCUGCUUCUCCCGCUCCGAUCACCUGGCCCUGCACAUGAAGCGCCAUCAGAACUAACCCGGACAGGACCUGUACAUACCAACACACACACACACACACACACACAGACAGAGCAGUGUGUGGACAUGACAGCCAGCUGAUCCAGGAACUGAACCGUGAACAGAUACAGAACCAAAAUCAUCUCUGUGCACCCGGGUUUGAUCAUUCUGUGGGAAUCAGUGAGGGCAGGGAGAGAAGAACUUCUAGGUUCUUGUUUUCUCCUCUCAGACGUAGAACGGGUCGUCUGCUCUCAGUCGACAGUGUUUGCUGAAGUCUUCACGGCAGAUUAACGAGCGGCCGGAACUCAGAGAUGAUUUUGGCGUCUGAUCUCGUCCCUGAACACAAAACACACUCGACACGACGUGAACUGUGGUGUCGGCCUCUUGAGAAGCAUUUGGGACUCUUGAUUUCAUCCUGGAAGUACUUCCUUCUGCUGCCACUACCAUCAUCACCAUCAUCAUCAUCACCAUCAUCAUCACCAUCAUCAUCAUCAUCACCACCAUCAUCAUCAUCAUCAUCAUCACCAUCAUCAUCAUCAUCAUCACC